AUGAGAGUCACCAUGAAAUCUUCUUCAUUAAUCAAACCGGCAGAACCAACUUGGACCGGUAGGCUUCCACUAUCCGAACUAGACCAGACUGGCAUGAACACACAUGUUCUUACCAUCUAUUUCUACACAAAACCCUCUCAGGACUGGGACACUGUCCUACAAACCCUAAAAGCUUCCCUCACCACCACACUUGUUCAUUUUUACCCUCUAGCCAGCCGGCUUUCUUCCAUUGCCGGUGGUCGCCUGGAGCUGGACUGUAAUGCAGCCGGUGUUCAGUUCAUCGAAGCUUAUUCCGACGUAAAACUGGCUGACUUAGAUGAUUUCGUGCAAUCUCCAAUAUUUCACCACCUUAUUCCUUCCGUAGAUUAUCGGCAUACACCCCUUGAAGAAAUCCCAUUAUUGCUUUUGCAAGCUACAAAAUUUGUGUGUGGAGGUUGGUCUUUAGGGUUUUGUAUAUCACAUGUUGUUGUUGAUGGGCAAAGCGCACUUCAUUUUCUGUCUGAAUGGGCUAGGCUUUGUCGUGGUGAGCAGCUGGAUUCACCACCUCAUCUGGAUAGAAAAUGUUUGCACGCUGGUGAGCCUCCGACCACAUAUUCAAGCAUCGAACAACAUGUACAGUUUCGUCCUCCACCGAUCCUUUUAGGUCAAUCAAGUAAUGUAAAUGAACGUACGAAGGAAACCACUGUAGCAAUGCUAAAACUAACUGAAACGCUUGUCGAAAAACUACGAAAUAAAGCUAACAAAAGUCUGAAAACUGAAACGGACCGUGGGUUUACACGGUACGAGGUUGUAACUGCACAUGCAUGGCGAACAGCAUGCAAGGCUCGUAAUCUACAACCUGAGCAGCCAACUGCAGUAGGCAUAUGUAUUGAUGUUCGAACCAGAAUGAAGCCGUCGUUGCCGGAAAAGUACUUUGGAAACGCCAUUAUAGACGUGAUUGCCACUGGGACUUCCGGUGAGUUACUUUCGGAGACAUUAGGGUAUGUUUCAAAUAAGAUAAGGGACUCGAUCGAGAAGGUUAACGAUGAGUAUGUGAAUUCAGUGAUUGAUUUCUUGAAAAAUCAAGAAGAUUUAUCAAAAUUCCAAGAUUUGCAACGAUCCGAGGACGGUGAAGGGCCGUUUUACGGGAACCCGAAUCUGGGAGUUGUAAGCUGGUUAACACUGCCGAUGUGUGGUGUUGAUUUCGGUUGGGGGAAGGAGUUAUUUACAGGUCCAGGAACCGAUGAUGCUGAUGAUGGUGACUUUUUAAUUCUACGAGGGGAAGAGGGAGGUGGAUCUCUGGUUGUAGCAUUGUGUUUGCAAGUGAGACACAUGGAUGAUUUCAAAAGGGUGUUCUAUCAAAGCAUUGAAGAUUGA